AUGCCAGGAGCAAAAGUGACAGACAAGACCAUUCGGGUCGCCCUGGCCAAGGUGUACCCAAAGGAAAUCUGGUAUUUCCUUGCCAGCUUCAUCAUCUUCCUCUCCCUGGUCCACUUUGCUUCACUGCUCCUGGCGAGACUGACCCGACGGCCGGCCCCGUCCUCACUAACCUCGGUCGUCGAUCCCGAAGGCGGCACCACCGAUCUUGAGGGCGUCAAGUUCGACUGGUCAUUCUACAGCAAUCGGGCUGGUACCCUGGCUGCGAGCCAAUUUCCGCUCAUUACCGUCUUGGGUACAAAGAAUAAUGUCCUUACUCUACUAACUGGCAUAAGCUACGAGAAGAUGAACAACCUCCAUCGCAUGUCUGCUCGUGUCCUACUCGUACUCCUCUGGCUUCAUGCCGGUUCCAAGGUAAGCGUCGCAUUGUCAUGUCUUCCCCCGAUCAUCGCACUCAUUUACCCACCAACAAACAUUCCCUGCAGUAUCACCCCGGACGAGAUUGGCACCACCUGGCUCAAUCUGGGUUAUGUGUCCGUGUUUGCGUUCAGCGCCCUGGUCUUGGUCUCUCUCCGCCCAGUCCGUGCUGUAGCAUACGAGUUCUUCUUCUACAUGCACUUUAUACUGGCUUUCUUGAUCCUGCUUGGCGCUUACUACCACACCGUCAACUUCAACUUCCAGCAAUACGUCUGGCCAUCCUUCCUCGUAUGGGGCCUUGACCGCUUCAUCCGCCUCAUCCGAGUCGUAGUUUUCAAACUCUCCCCGCACCUCUCAUCCGCCUCCGACCCCUCAGUCACCGCCCGCGCAGACCUCCUCGCGCCCGACCUCGUUCGGCUGCGCGUCCCGCGCCCGCCGGGCUUCUCCUGGUCCCCGGGGCAGCUCUCCUACAUCAUCAUGCCGGGCGUGUCGCGCCUGCCCUUCGAGGCGCACCCGUUCUCCAUCGCGAGCGUGCAUGACGGCGCGAUGGACGGCGGCAACGGGGAGAAGGGCGGCGAGCACUGGAAGGAGGUGGUGUUCUUGAUUAAUGCCCAGAGCGGGUUCACGAAGCGCCUGGCGCAUGCUGCGCAGAGCGGCGAGGCGAAGGUGAAUGUGUUGUUGGACGGGCCGUAUGGGUGCUCGCCGGAUCUGGACGGCUCGGAUACGGUUGUUCUCGUUGCGGGUGGAACGGGCAUCUCUUACACGCUGCCUCUGCUUCUGUCCGUUGCGAAGAAAGGGCGGGCCCGGAGGGUCCUUUUCAUCUGGUCCAUCCGAGACUCGAGUCACCUGCGCUGGGUCUCCCCCGCCAUCAUCAAAGCGCUCUCCUUGGCGCCCGCGAGCAUGUCCAUCUCCGUCUCGAUCCACAUCACGCGCCUGGGCAUCGAGUCCCCGCCCAACCCGCUCGACAUCGGCAGUUCACCCAUGGCGCGGUCCGAGGAGUCGCUCGACACGCGCGCAGAGAAGACAGUCGACCUCCUGCACCUGCGCGCUGUGCAGGUGUCGUACGGCCGGCCGGACUUCCAGAGACUCGUGCACACCGAGUUGGAGGGCGCCGAGGGGCAUACCAGCGUUUGCGUGUGUGGAAGCCAGAGCAUCGCGAAGAAUGUGAGGUCCUCACUGAGGGUUAACCCGUUCGCCGGACCGAAUAGCGUCCUGAAGGGUGCGCCGAGCGUAACGCUGCACGUUGAGGCGUUCGGCUACGCGUGA